AAUGGCGUUGGAACGAGAAAAAUUAAAAGUCGUUCGAUGUUCACAUUUUGAACUGAAAAAGCUUGCAGAGAAAUACGAAAAGCCCAAAAAAGUAAUAAAGGACUCGAAGUCGAUGUACGAAUUUGAGAAAUGUAACACUUUGUCGGAAAUUACCACCGAGAAUAAAAGCCAGGCUGUGAAGACACAAAAAUCAUCACGUCAGCAAAAUAAUAUUUCUUUUACAAAGACGAAAGGAAAGGUUUCUGUAGUAUCUGAUGGUAAUGCUGAUGUUAAUGCUGAUGGAAAUGCAGAGGGGGGACUCUUUUCCGCUGAUGAAAAAAUCACCCGAAAAAAUGGACUUAUCGAAACUAACAAAACAAGAUUAGAUGUAUCAAGAGAACAAGAACCAUUUGUGAAUAAUGAACCCUGUGAAAGCAGUAAGAUAUCAAGAGCUAUGAAGGAGGAUAAUUAUGCGUAUGACAGAGGAUCUAUUUCACCACACAGAUUGCUGUAUGACCCAUCCAAUGAUAAAGGAGAGUCGGUAUUGAAUAGACUUAACAUGAAGAUGUUAAGACUUAAAAUGGAUGAUGCAGGAAAUGAACCAUACGAUGAUAUUCAUUCUGUGAAACAAUAUCAAAGGAGUUCAAAAAAGUUUAACAAGCAAUUGGUUGAAGGUCAUUUAUUUGAAUUGAGAAGUCUCAUCACAGAUUUGGAUAAUCUUCUGUCACGACAAACAUUGGCAAGCAACAAGGAUACUAUAGAGCAGAUCUUCAAACUGAGCUCCAAGGUUCAGGAAAAAUGCAAAGAAAUCAUGUUGACUGAUCUUAAUGUCUUCAUAACUAAAGAGGUGUAUCUAAACCUCUGGCGCAGUGGUAUCUACCAAGUUAUUGAGAAGUUGCGUUUCUUUCAAAGAUCUUCACAAGAAGUUCAGGAUUGUGCACUCGAUGUAUGGCAUAUCUUAAAAGAAUUUCUUCAAGAAACCAAUACUUUCAUACAAAGUCUUGUAACUAGCCUUGAAGAACUGCAUAGUUUUUCAUUGAGGCAUUUUUUAGAUCUUCCAUAUCACUUUGAGAAUUCUAGCCGAGGGGUCAAAAUGUCUUUAUUAUGCUGUCAUCAUUUUAUGAUAUUCCUUGGUGAUACUGAGCGAUACCUACAAAACUUGUCGCCAACGAAAGACUGGAGUAUUGCCAGGUCAUUGUACAUCAAGGCAAGCAAAAUAGCGCCAAGAAAUGCCAAGCCUUUCAACCAGUUGGCAGUGAUUGCUGUGUAUGCGAAGCGGCGGCUUGAUGCUGUGUAUAACUACAUGCGUUGUCUGACUGCCAGUAAUCCUAUUUUGACAGCACGUGAAAAGUUGCAUGCCAUAUUUGAUGACGUGCAACGAAAGGUGAACGAUUUACUGGCAAUCGAUGCAGCUAAGAAAACGAAACAAACAAGCACCAAGAAAAAUACGUUCAACUCGUUGAAUAGUACCAGAAAAGGUAAUUUGGUUUCCCAAUCGAGCGAGCGGGAAGCAAGAGAGGAACGCAGACAUGAAAUGUGGGUAUUUUAUCAAAAUGGCAUUCGUCGAGAGUUUCUUCUUACUCAUCGUGGUCUUCAACGGAAAGAACAGAAUAAUUCUCACAGUGAAAUAAACAAAGAGAGGGCAAUAAUCUCGUUAAACGAGAUUAAAAAAGAGUUUGAAAUCAUUUUUCUCCAUUGUCAUGCGAUGUUAUACUCAAAAAUUGGGAUUGAUCGUUUCUCCCAACACCAUGGAAAGAUGGUCAAUUUGCUGCGCAUGCUUUUGCGACAUCCAUCAAAUGAAGCGGUCCAAAUGAAGCGUCUUGUCGAGAUUAUGGUGAUCAAUAUCUUUGGGAUAGAGAAUGUCGUACAAGAAAGUUCAGGCGUAUGUUUUGAAGGAACGCCCGUGGACUUGGCCUUAAAUUUAGCCAGUGACGUAAUGGAAUGCUUAUGUAAGGCAACUAUUGACGUCAUAACGUCUUCUGAGAGAGAUAAUAGUCACGUGCUUGUGUUGACCAAUUACGUACCAGCAAUAAAAGUGUGGUUCGAUUGGAUGAAAUUAAAUAUUGAUUUGUUGAGGUCAUCUUCUAUAAGCGUAAAGAAGGAACAUUGGACUUCUAUAGCUGUCCUUUUAAACUCGUUGAGACCGUUGUACUACUCAAAUGAUGAAGACUCAUUCACUCCAGGUGACGUAAUUGUUACAUUACCUGAAGAUGAUCUUCUUGUUGGUUUUAAAAUAUUAGCGCAUGCGUCGAAACCGCGAGUAAACGUUGAGGCUAACUGUGACCAGGAAAAGGUUCGCCGUGAAUUAAGACAUAACGCUUUGCAGUCCAUGGUAAAUUUUUUUUGCGACUUUGAAGAUUUGCCUUUGAGAUUCGAGCAAGCUUCUCAGCUAUAUUACGUCACGGACACAAUGAUAAGUGUAUCGAGCGAAGAUAAUCAAACGAAUGGAAAUGGAUUUGAAGAAGUUGUUGUUGAUGAUGAUGAUGAUGUCAUCAUAGAGAGUGUGGAGGAUGUUGACUCCGACUCGGAAUUAACAAGUCCUGUUCGUGAAUUGAGGGCGAGGAAAGAUGCCCUUAAAAAUCAAAUUUUACAUCAACAACAGAGAAAAGAUGAAGCACAAGCCGUACUCAACAAACACUCCAGUAUGCCCACACUCAUGUUAGAGAUCAACGUUCAAUAUCUCGUACCUGAUACAAACUGUUUCAUCGAUCAUCUUAGUGACUUGCAGUCGAUUGUCGAUUCACGGUUUUGUACAAUUGUCAUCCCAUUAAUUGUCAUCAACGAACUUGAUGGUCUAGCCAAGGGAUUCGCAACAAAGGAUUUUAAUGAACAACAACGGGUUCAGCACGUCGCUAUUAGAGCAAGGAGAGCUGUGGAUUUCCUUGAAUAUCAUUUCAGUCUUACCGACUCUCAAAUGUUGGCAUUAACAAGCAAAGGCUCUGUCUUAACAACAAUAGCAUUUCGUAGCGAGGAAUCGUCAGCAGAUAGGAGUAUAAACGAUGACAUAAUUCUCAAAUGUUGCACUUAUUACUGUGAUGCAAAAACAGAUAUCGUCAACAAACUUGCGUCAGCGGAACAACCUUUCACAAUACGACGUAAAGUCGCUCUUCUUACUGAUGAUCGAAAUCUACGCCUUAAGGCGCAUGUGCAUAACAUUCCCGUUGUUAGCAUCCAACAAUUUAUGGAGAUGAUUACGCCCUGACUCGGGCAGCACUCCACACAAACAUGAUUGUAGAGUAAAGUUCAGUCAUUUGUCAACUGCACGACCGUUGUUGUAUGGUUAUGUCAGGUGAUCAAUGAUGCAUUAUGAAUGCGGUGAAGGAGGUUUUGUUGAUUGGAGGAGACCUAAAUGAUAUGCUAUCAUACAGAUGAGAUGCCGACAGUUGCCAAAUCCUGGCAAAUAUAGCGAACUGGAAAAUUGCUGGAAUGACAUGUGACAUGGGAGCAAGUGACAAGUGACAUGGGAACGACAUAAAACAGUGAAUGGUUUUAAAACACUUGUGUAUGUGAAGAACAUGGAUAUUGAAAAAUAAUAUGACCGAAUGUUUUCGUCAAUAUUUUCUACAGCUUUGUAGACGCCCUCUGGGUAUUUUACUAGAGAAAACAACGAUUUCUAGAACAAUAAACGUUUGAAAUGAUUUAUCAUGUUAAACUUAAUUAAGUAAACCAAUGUGGUUUUCUUUGUUGCUGUUAAUGUAUCUGUAAACGAUAAAUAUGGAAAGUCGUUUGUUUGUUGAAGUAGCAUGUCUUGUUCUGUCGUUGAUUUUCUUACUGAAUUGGUCGAAUUAUCAAAAUUAUUAAAGUAAAAAAUCUUAAACUAAAAA